CUCUCUUUAUUGGUUCAGUCCUUGCUUUCCACUCAUAUUGGCCUCCCUAGAACCAUUUCUUUUUCCGGAAUCAAUAAUUUCACACCCAACUCUUCUUCUAUUGGCUUGGUUUGGUUUUCAGCUCCCAAAUUUCUGGCGAGCAGUUUCUAUCCCAAAGUUGAUUUCAUGUUCUGGGUUUAAGCAAAUUUUGCUUUUUGUAGUUUGUGGCUGUCAACUGGGAAGAGAAACUGAAGCUUUCAGCUAGAUUGAGCCUGGUGCUUGAGUUUUGAAAUAUUGGGGUGCUUUUCAUUGAUGGGUGUUGUUAACUUUUGAGGUUCUUUUGUUUUGUAUGUGUAAAGUUUGAUACUUUAGUUACAAUUCAUUGAGAUGGAUUCAAGCAAUGGUGGUGAGGCAGUUGGAGGCAUUGGGAUAACUGAAAAGUCAAACAUCAUUGAAAAAAAUGAUUCCUUUGGAACCCCCAACAGCACCAAAGAGAAGGCCUUGGGUUCAUGUGUGGGGAAAGAAACGUUUUUUAGGGCGGAUCAGAUUGAUUUCAAGAGCUGGGAUAUCCAACUGGAGAAGCACUUAAGUAGGGGCUGGUCCAGGGAGAAGGAAGCGCGGACGUCAAUGGAGGAGUGGGAGAUUGAUUUGGCUAAGUUGGAUAUAAGAUAUGUGAUUGCUCAUGGAACAUAUGGAACUGUGUACAGGGGUACCUAUGAUGGUCAAGAUGUUGCAGUGAAGAUAUUGGAUUGGGGUGAGGAUAAUAUUGCCACAGCUGCUGAAACUGCUGCUCUUCGGGCGUCGUUUCAGCAAGAGGUUGCUGUCUGGCAUAAGCUUGACCAUCCAAAUAUUCCCAAGUUUGUUGGAGCUUCAAUGGGAACUUCGAAUCUUAAAAUCCCUGUCAAAGGCACAUCAAGUGAUGGUCAAAGUCAUAAUUCUCCUCCUUCCAGAGCUUGUUGUGUUGUUGUUGAGUAUGUUUCUGGUGGGACACUAAAGAACUAUUUGAUCAGGAAUGGAAGAAAGAAACUUGCCUUUAAGAUUGUGGUUCAACUUGCUUUGGAUUUGUCUAAAGGUUUAAGUUAUCUCCAUGCAAAGAAAAUUGUACACCGUGACGUCAAAACAGAAAAUGUGUUGCUAGAUAAUCAUAGAACUCUGAAAAUUGCUGAUUUUGGCGUUGCUCGAGUAGAAGCUCAGAAUCCAAGGGACAUGACCGGGGAGACUGGUACCCUUGGAUACAUGGCCCCAGAGGUCCUUGAUGGUAAGCCUUACAACAGAAAAUGUGACGUGUACAGUUUUGGUAUUUGCUUAUGGGAAAUCUAUUGUUGCGACAUGCCUUAUCCCAAUCUUAGUUUUGCUGAUGUCUCCUCUGCUGUCGUGCGACAGAAUUUAAGACCUGAAAUCCCAAGAUGUUGUCCAACUGCGCUGGCUAGCAUUAUGCGAAAAUGUUGGGAUGCAAACCCAGAUAAACGCCCCGACAUGGAAGAAGUAGUAAAGUUAUUGUAUGCGGUCGACACAAGCAAGGGAGGUGGCAUGAUCCCGGAAGACCAAGCUUCUGCCUGUUCCUGUUUCGGCACACCUCGAGGCCCCUGACCUCACUUUGUUCCACACAGCACAUACAUGCAGUGCAGAUCUAGAAUAAAACUAGCUAAAACUAUAUAUAUAUAUAAACCAGUUAAAAGUGCUAGACUGCAGAGGCGGUCCAUGAAUUAAUCCCAUUUCUGAAUAAUGCACCAACAAAGGAACUGCAUUAUUGAAACCCCUACAUAAAUAUUGUUGUUUGUUGUACCCUUUUCAUUCUUACUCCACUCAAAUAGUGGACUGUUAGACAGUUAAACAGUAAUUAGUUUUUACUGUUAUUUUUGUAACCACCAAAUUAUUGGUUUCACAGUUUUAUUUUCA